GUUGGUCUAACUGUGGUAGCAAGUUGACAAAGGAACCUGAGGACAAUUGGAGAUGAGGGAGAUGAUGUGGAUUUUUGCUGUGAUUAUCUUCUCGGUGUGUGAAACAUGGGGUCUGGACACAGUUGUUAGAAAUGCAUCUUUCUAUCUGGGGAAUGAUGUUAACCUGACAUGCAGCAAUGAACUGAGGAGUGAGUUGAUGUUUGUACUCUGGAAAAUAGACUUGAAACACAAAGAGUGCAGUAUCGCCCUCAGCAAUGAUGGCCAAAGUACAGACUCCUGCAACGAUGGCAAAUCUCUCCAAAAUACAUCCACAGCUCUAUACCUGCACAUCCCAAACUUCUCAAAUGAUGAUGUUGGGGUCUACCGAUGUGAGACAAUUUAUACAGGAGGAGUUGACGUUCAUAUGAUCAACGUGGAAAUCACAGCUCCUCCCAGUAUAUCAGCCUGGUUAGAGUGGAAGGGCAAUAAGACGGUGGCUGUGUGCAAAGCUGAAAGAGGAAAACCUGCUGCCAGCAUCAGCUGGAGCCAUCUAGAAAAUUCAUCAUCUUUGAAAACCUGGUCUGGCUCAGAUGGAUUCUUUACAGUAGAAAGCCACCUGGAACUCCCUGAAAACAUGGAUCCAAAAAACCUGAGCUGCACAGUCAGAUACCCGUACUGGGAAGAGGAGAAAACUUUGGUACCAAAGUUCACAGCAGCUACAUGUCUUCAUUUUACUAUGAUGUGCAUCCGUAUAGUUGUGAUAAUUGUUGCAGUUUUGGCUGGAAUCUUAUUCUUUGCAAAAAAGAAACUAAGAUGCUGUGGUGUUGCAGGCAGGUAGACACAUAAUCCAAAUCUCUGCUGACAGAUGAUGUGGAGCCACACGUCAGCUAUGUUCAACAUGUCAACUCUCUAUAACUCAUAAAAAUCCUGCACUUGCAUCGCACACACACACACACACACACACACACACACACACACACACACACACACACACACACACACACACACACACACACACACACACACACACUUAAAUGCACAUGGCACUCUGUGAGAAACUGAAGGCUAUGAAAUUGAGAAAUGGUGAAACUACUCAUCUUGCUGUUUUCAAACUUAAAUAUCUAUUUAAUAGUAUAAUUGGUUGGUGUGGGAUAGUUCUUAGGAGCAAAAACACUGACUACACCGAUUUUGUUGACAUGUGUCUGCAAAUAAAAAGUUAGGCACAGUUGUGUUCAGGAGAGAAACGGCUCUGGGCUUCAUGUUUCCACAACCAGUUGCUGUUGUUUGUGGACGUUUCCUAAUUGAGGAUUAAGCUUUGAUUGGCAGUUCAACUACAAACUUCUUGCACACCUUCACAAUAUAUUAGACACUUUCUGUUGUUUGUGAUAUUAUAAACCAGUCCUGCGUCUCACAUUAAAGCUCAAAUGAACUUUUCCUCGUUUCUGUUUACCUCAUAAAUACAUAAUCGUCUGCAAGUUCAUCAACGAUACAGGUUGUGGUUGAAGUGCUGCUGGUAUAUUAACUGUGGCAUAGUUACAGUUGUCAUCAGUGGUAGCUCCGGUUCUUCUUGAUUCUUUGGUGCUGCUGUGGUCAAUAGAGGUGUAUGUUACAUCCUCGUUAGGCUGUUAUAACAGUGUGAUGGUAAUUCCUCUGUC